AUGAGACUUGAAUUUCGUUUUCAGUUUGGUUUCAUCCACGAAUGUAUGCGACAAAUGAUAAUUCGAAAUUAUGGCGCAAAAGCUUGGACGAGUAUCUUGCGUCGAGCAGGCUUUUCUAUCACUGAUGAAAAUAUCGUGAAUCUAUAUUAUUCGGAUUCUUCCACGUUUGCGAUUGUCGAUGCAAUUUUAUGGGAAAUGUAUGGAAAGUUCCAUAUAGAAUAUAUUAUCGAAAUUGGAUGGGAGGAACUUGUUCAAACAAUCAGUCCAGACUUACGAGGUCUUCUGAAUAAUAUCGAUUCUUUACAUUACUUUAUUAGCCGCAUUAUUUACAAGUCAGAAUGGAAAUGUCCUUCAUUUCACUGUGAACAGAACAAGGAUGGUUCUUUAACACUUGAUUAUCGUACAUAUCGAAAUGGCAUUUAUCCGACAGUUAAAGACACAAGUGAAGAUCAAUUGGUAGGUCGUUCAGCACACUUGUCUCAAUAUGAUUUCGUCGUAAUUUUUCCAUAUCAUCUGCUCUUUGAUAAAGAUUGUAAACUUUUACAAGUGGGAAAAGAGCUCUAUAAUCACAUAUGCCGUGAUCUCCUCGAAAUAGGGACGCCUUUAACUCAGAUUUUUCAAAUAGUCGUUCCUCGUAUCAUAUUCGAUUUUGAAAAUAUAUGCAUAUUCAGGGAUUCUAUUUUUGUGCUUGAGAUUAAAGAUGCGAAAUUUUCACUAUUGCUUAUGACUAUCAUACUUGAAUUAAUAAAUUUUUCCAGUGAGCAUCAACGAUCAUUCGUCUCAUUUGGCAGAAAUUUGGGGCUUAAAGGACAAAUGAUUCCAUUAGAUGAUAACAAUCAAAUGCUCUUUCUCUGUUCACCUCUAAUAACCACGAUUCCUGAUCUUCUAGAAUUUGGAAUGAGAUUAACUGCAAUGCCGUUACAUGAUGCAAAUCGUGAUCUUAUCUUGCUGAACCAACAGCGUAUUUCUGAUGAGGAAAUGAACAAACAACUUCAAGAAAACAAUGCGCAAUUAGAAGGCUUAGCGAGAGAUCUAGAAGCAGAGAAGGGAAAAACGGAAGAAUUAUUGAAAGAAAUGUUGCCAGCUUCAGUUGCUACUCAACUUCUACAUGGAAAAUCCGUCGAUGCUUGUGAGUUCAAUGAAGCCACGGUGAUGUUCAGUGAUGUACCGAAUUUCAAUAAUAUUGUACCAAACUGUGAGCCAAAAGAAAUAGUUGCCCUUCUUAACGAUCUUUUUACGAAAUUUGAUCGACUCGUUGUACGACAUGGGGCAUAUAAAGUGGAAACUGUUGGCGAUAGCUAUAUGACAGUUGGUGGAGUACCGGAGAUUCGAUUGGACCAUUGUGAAAUCAUUUGUGAUUUAGCAUUGGGCAUGCUUUGGGAAUCGCAUUCCGUAACAGAUCCGAUAAAGAACGCACCUUUACAAAUACGAAUUGGAAUACAUUCGGGAACAGUUGUUGCCGGAGUAAUAGGAAAUAAAAUGCCGAGAUACUGCCUCUUUGGUGAUACAGUGAACACUGCCUCUAGAAUGGAAAGUCACAGCGUACCAGGAAGGAUCCAUUGCACCAGAGAAGCAGUGGAGUUACGAAAUGGUCAACAUUUCCAAUUCAUUAUGCGAGGAAAAAUACAAGUGAAAGGAAAAGGUUUAAUGAAUACCUAUUUUCUGAAAUCGAAUAAUAAGAAAACUAUCUGGGAGAUUAUUGGAAGAGAAAAAGGUAAAAUUGUUUUCCUGGUGUGUUACCAGUUUCGUCCGAAUCAAAUAAUAAAAUAA